UAGCUUUGCCACGCUACCUCAAGAACUCCUCCCGGAGGAGAGAAACACACACAAAUUCAGAUACACCAAAAUCCCCCAUUCCUAUUUUCCUACCAAACCAAAAAUAAAAAAAUAAAAAAAUAAAAAAAUUCCCUCUCCUUCUCCAUUCUAGGGUUUCCCAAUUCGGCCCAAUUCGCCGUUGCCGAAGCACAUUCAGACAGCCGCUUCGGUACUCCAGGGACAUUGCUCCGGGCUCUGCGAUUCUUGCUUGAUUUGGAUGCUCCGGCUUCGUCGCGGGUUUGGUAAUUCGGGAGCGGACUUAGAUGUAGAUAUGCUUGCUGUAAACUCUCGAGGCAGAGCUGUUGUUUGCUAUAAUAUGGUAGUGCUUGUAGGAUUUGUGCAUGGACUAGUUCGGCGGCACUGGAAGUUAGUACCGUUGAGUGGUGCAACAAGUCUCGAUGGUUUGCUCGGUUGGAAGUGGGAGGAUGGCGGUGAUGGCAAGGGUUCUUGCAGGUGGGAGUGUGUCACAUAGCCUUGCAGAGGAAGCUCCUCAUCAGAAAUUCGCGGCUCAUUUGAUUUGUAGACAGUUAAUUGAGGCAAAUGAUGCAAAUUUGCUUGACGAAGAAGAUAUGCAUGUGUUUGAUUUGGAGCCGAUGGCUGAUACUUUGCUUUUGGUUUGUUGCAAUGCUUGUAAAAAACCAGUGAAGGCUAGCCAAUAUGCAGCCCAUUCAGUACUUUGCAGGUCAUUAAAUUCUACGCAGGAAACUAAUUUGGAGCUUGAUGGAAGUAUUGGGCAAAGGAAGCCUUCAAGGAAGGAGAAGAAAAAGUUAUUAACUGCAUAUGCUCACCAGUCAAUGUCAGUUAGAGAGCUACAAAGGUCUGAAUCUGCAGAUGAUGUUGCUGUGUCUCAACCUCAGUUGGAUGGGAAAAUAGGAAUGAAUUCUUCUUGUGGUAUGGGCGCAAAGGGGAACUCAGUAUCUGUAGAAACGACCUAUAUGAUGGAUGGUUCAGGAGUUACCCCUGAAAAUACCAGUUACUCAACAAGUCUGCUGCAUCCUCCAACCAAACGAUUUAAAAUGAUAGCAGGUGAGCAGCCACCACUGUCAGAUGAUCUGGGAACAACAUCUAUUGUAUCAGAACUCAAAAGUACUCAGGAAGCAUGUCAAUACUGUCCUGUUCCCCUUGCUACUAAAGUAUAUUACUCGCAAAGAAGUAAUCGGCUCCGUACAGCACUUUGUCAUCUGUACUCUGAGGCAGUGACAUCAAAUAAUGAGCUUUGCACUGUCAUGAGGGACGAACAGUCUUUGCCUUCUAUACGAACACCUGAUCAAAUUCUCGCACAAAAUUCAGAAGCUUGCUUGGAGAAAUCAAUAGGCUCCCUGCCUGCUGGUGACCUAUCAAACCAGUUUCCCAUUGAUAAUGUUCCGAGGCCUCAGGCUGCAGGUGUUGGUUUGACAAGAAGCAAACUUCUUUCAAAACCUUAUUCUUUUGCGGGUAGCUCAGGACAAUCGCUGGGAACCAUGCAACAGCGAAAUGGCAGAGUUCCUGUUGUAUAGGAGUAGUAGGAAAUUUUUAGCUUUGGGAAGGUGUUACUUAACCAAAUACGUGAGUUUAGAAGGUAGGAUUCUUUUUUGAUAUUGACUGAGAAAAUCGUUGAAAUCCUAGGCAUUAUUGUCAAUCCAUACCUAUGUUUAGAUACGAAUUGCUGUCAGAAGAUAUGUAAAUCUGAUUUUUUGUAAAUACGACUUUUAUUUGUUCCUUGCAUUUUUUGUUUACA